UCUAACAUUUAUGUUUAAUUUGAAUUCAAUAUAAUAAUGAUAGGAUGCUAUUGGAUGCAUUGAUGGCACACACAUAAAUGCAUGUAUUCCUGAAACAGAACAAUUACGUUAUAGAGGGAGGAAAGGAGUCCCGACGUUCAAUGUCAUGGCUACAUGUGAUUUUGAUAUGUGCUUCACUUUUAUUUCUACCGGGUGGGAAGGUUCCGCUCAUGACACCCGUGUUUUUCUUCAUGCACUUAACACGAAGGAAAUGAACUUCCCCAAACCUCCAGAAGGAAAAUAUUACUUGGUCGAUAAAGGAUAUCCUGAUAGGAAAGGGUACUUGGUACCAUACCCAAAGAUCAGGUAUCAUAAAGAUCAAUAUAAAAAUGUGCCACCAACAAAUUCCAGAGAAUCCUUUAAUCGUGCUCAUUCAUCCCUUCGAAGUUGUAUUGAGAGAUCUUUCGGUGUUUUGAAGAAAAGAUGGAAGAUAUUAAGACAAAUGCCGCAAUUUAGUACGAAGACACAAAUUGAUGUCAUAAUGGCUACUUUUGCCUUACACAACUACAUUCGGAGAAAUUCACCAAAUGACUUAAUGUUUAACAUGCUCGAUCAAAAUCCAGAUUACAUGCCAUGUGAAGAACUUCCAGAUGUUAAUGAUUUUAGAAACACCGAAAAUUCAAGAGUAGCAUCCAAAGAAAUGCAAGUGAUCCGUGACAACAUUGCUAGUUUAAUAUGGGACACUGAGUAAUUUUUGUUUUUUAAAAGUUAUCAGGAUAUUGGUUUUUGUAUUAAAAAUAUUUUUAGAUUUAUAGCAUGAAGUAUUUAUAUUUAAGAAUAAUAGCUAUUCCGUACUACUAAAUUUUAUGAAGUAAUACAUCAAUUAAAAUAA